CUGUGAGCGCGGCGGCGGCGGGGCUGCGCCUCUCGCCCCGGCCGGGGCUCCCUCCCCUCCAUUGUUCCCGGGAGCGGCGGCUCCGCGCCGGGGCUCCGCUUGUAGGGGCUGCCAGCCCUGCGGAGACCCCCCUGCUCCCCCCAGGGCCCCCAUGGAGGGGCGGUUGCAGAGCCCAGUCGCCGAGCAGUAGCUGCAGCAGUGGGAUGUGGACCUGGCGGUGCCUGAUCCUUUGGGCUGUGCUGGUCGCAGCCGCGCUCUCCGCUGCCCGGCCGGCCCCCACCCUGCCCGAGCAAGCUGUGCCCAAAGCCAAAAUGGAGGUGGAGUCGUACUCAGCCCACCCCGGCGAGCUGCUCCAGCUGCGCUGCCGGCUGCGGGACGACGUGCAGAGCAUCAACUGGGUGAGGGACGGCGUGCAGCUGGCCGAGAACAACCGCACGCGCAUCACCGGCGACGAGGUAGAGGUCAGGGACGUGGUGCCCGAGGACUCGGGGCUCUACGCCUGCAUGACCAACAGCCCCUCGGGGAGCGACACCACCUUCUUCUCCGUCAACGUCUCAGACGCCCUGCCCUCUGCAGAGGACGAUGAUGAUGAAGAUGAUUCCUCGUCGGAGGAGAAGGAGGCUGAUAACACCAAACCCAACCAGGCCAUUGCUCCCUACUGGACCUAUCCUGAGAAGAUGGAGAAGAAGCUCCACGCUGUCCCUGCUGCCAAAACAGUGAAAUUCAAAUGUCCCUCCAGCGGGACCCCCAACCCCACCCUGCGCUGGCUGAAGAACGGCAAAGAGUUCAAACCUGACCAUCGCAUCGGGGGGUACAAGGUCCGCCAGGCCACCUGGAGCAUCAUCAUGGACUCGGUGGUGCCAUCUGAUAAGGGCAACUACACGUGCAUCGUGGAGAACAAGUAUGGCAGCAUCAACCACACGUACCAGCUGGAUGUUGUGGAGCGCUCCCCACACCGGCCCAUCCUGCAGGCAGGGCUCCCUGCCAACAAGACAGUGGCCCUGGGCAGCAACGUGGAGUUUGUGUGCAAGGUGUACAGCGACCCCCAGCCCCACAUCCAGUGGCUGAAGCACAUCGAGGUGAACGGCAGCAAGAUCGGGCCUGACAACCUGCCCUACGUGCAGAUCCUGAAGCACUCGGGGAUUAAUAGCUCCGAUGCGGAGGUGCUGACCCUGUACAAUGUGACAGAGGCCGAGAGCGGGGAGUAUGUUUGUAAGGUUUCCAAUUAUAUUGGAGAGGCCAACCAGUCUGCGUGGCUCACUGUCACCAGGCCCCUGGCCACAGCCAUUGAAGACACCCCAGCCAUGAUGACGUCCCCCUUCUACCUGGAGAUCAUCAUCUACUGCAUCGGGGCCUUCCUCAUCUCCUGCAUGGUGGUGACCAUCAUCAUCUACAAGCUGAAGAGCACCACCAAGAAGACAGAUUUCAACAGCCAGCUGGCCGUGCACAAGCUGGCCAAGAGCAUCCCCCUGCGCAGACAGGUAACAGUGUCAGCCGACUCCAGCUCGUCCAUGAACUCGGGGGUGAUGCUGGUGAGGCCCUCCCGCCUCUCCUCCAGCGGCACCCCCAUGCUGGCCGGGGUCUCCGAGUACGAGCUGCCCGAGGAUCCGCGCUGGGAGCUGCCCCGGGACAGGCUGAUCCUGGGCAAGCCCCUGGGAGAAGGCUGUUUCGGGCAGGUGGUGCUGGCAGAAGCCAUCGGCCUGGACAAGGACAAGCCCAACCGAGUGACCAAAGUGGCGGUGAAGAUGCUCAAGUCUGACGCCACAGAGAAGGACUUGUCUGACCUCAUCUCCGAGAUGGAGAUGAUGAAGAUGAUCGGCAAGCACAAGAACAUCAUCAACCUGCUGGGAGCCUGCACGCAGGACGGACCGCUCUAUGUGAUUGUGGAAUACGCCAGCAAGGGCAACCUGCGGGAGUACCUGCAGGCACGGCGGCCCCCGGGCAUGGAGUACUGCUACAACCCCGCCCGCGUGCCCGACGAGCAGCUCUCCUUCAAGGACCUGGUCUCCUGUGCCUACCAGGUGGCACGGGGCAUGGAGUACCUGGCCUCCAAGAAGUGCAUCCACAGGGACCUGGCAGCCAGGAACGUGCUGGUCACGGAGGACAACGUGAUGAAGAUCGCCGACUUCGGGCUGGCCCGCGACAUCCACCACAUCGAUUACUACAAGAAGACCACAAAUGGUCGCCUGCCAGUGAAGUGGAUGGCUCCUGAGGCUCUCUUUGACAGAAUCUACACCCACCAGAGUGAUGUGUGGUCCUUUGGGGUGCUGCUGUGGGAGAUUUUCACCCUGGGUGGGUCCCCCUACCCCGGUGUGCCCGUUGAGGAGCUCUUCAAGCUGCUGAAGGAAGGUCACAGGAUGGACAAGCCCAGCAACUGCACCAACGAGCUGUACAUGAUGAUGAGGGAUUGCUGGCACGCCGUCCCCUCCCAGAGACCCACCUUCAAGCAGCUGGUGGAGGACCUGGACAGGAUCGUGGCCAUGACCUCCAACCAGGAGUACCUGGACCUGUCCCUGCCCCUGGACCAGUACUCCCCCGGCUUCCCGGCCACGCGCAGCUCCACGUGCUCCUCAGGAGAGGACUCGGUGUUCUCCCACGACCCGCUGCCCGACGAGCCCUGCCUGCCCAAGCUGCCCCCUCAGCACAGCAAUGGUGGACUGAAGCGACACUGAGCCUGGCACUGCCAUGCCAUGCCGUGCCCAUGGACGCUGCCUGCACA